AUGGACAAUAAUCGAAGAAUUGUUGUCGUGUUGGCGAUGUUGGUCGUGUCGACGAUUGCCAUCGAGAUUCAGGAUGCUGGAAGUUUCCCGACGGGACAGGAUUAUCAGAAGGAGAAGGCAAAGGAGGGACAGGAGCCGGCGAAUUAUAAGAAGACCUAUCAUCGAGUAAUCCCUGGAGGAUCCGAGCAUGCCGAAGUCGUCGCUUCAAACGGACCUGGCUCCAACUCGUUCAGUCAGACUUAUAGCAAACACCAAUCAUUCGGAUCCGCUGACACGAUGCAAUCACAAAGCUUCUCAUCCAAUAACAAUGCUGUCAGUGCCGCAGAGGUAACCCAGAAGGUAGCUGAGGUAACUGUUCUGUAA